AUGUUAUUUUCCUCUCUCUCUCUCUCUCUCUCUCUCUCUCUCUCUCUCUCUCUCUCUCUCUCAAUCAUUCUAAUUCUUUCCCUGUCAACCAUGUUUAAUUCUUUUCUCUCUUUCGUUCAUCUUAAUUUCACUUUUUUUUCCAAAAUUAUUUAUUUAAUCCUCUCUUUUCUCCUCUCUCUCUCUCUCUCUCUCUCUCUCUCUUCUUUUAUUUCGUUCAUCUUAAUUCAUCUUGCUUUUCCUAUUCUUCCUUUCAAUUUUCUCUCUCUCUCUCUCUCUCUCUCUCUCUCUCUCUCUCUAUUCUUUUUUUUUUCGUUCAUUCUUAAUUUACUUCUUUUUCCUUUUAUUCACAAUUAUUCAUUAAAAUCUCUCUCAAUCUCUCUCUCUCUCUCUCUCUCUCUCUCUCUCUCUCUUUCUAAUUCUUUGUCUUCUCUCUCUCUCUCUCUCUCUCUCUCUCUCUCUCUCUCUCUUAAUAAUUCUUUUUAUCUCUCCCUGUCAACCAUGUUUAAUUCUCACAAGUCUUUCGUUCAUCUUUUUCGAAACUUCUUUCUUUCUCUCACAAUUCUCUCAUUUUUCAUCUCUCUCUCUCUCUCUCUCUCUCUCUCCAUCUCUAUUCUUUUUUUCCUUUCUCUCUCUUAUAACCAAUCCUUCUCUCUCAAUCUCUCACUUUAUUUUUUCUUCUUUUUUUUUUUUCGAAAAUUUUUUCGUUUCACUUUUUCCAUCUUUAAUUCUCUCUUUUCCAAUCAUUCUUUUUCACUUCUUUCUCUUUUCUAUUCUCUCUCUCUCUCUCUCUCUCUCUCUCUCUCUUAA